AUGCCGCCGAUGCCCCCCCCCUCCCUCCCCACCAGGGCCGUCUCCACGUCCCCCUCGCUGGCCCCUACCCCGGCCGCGGGCCAGGACGACUCGCAGAAGCCGAGUCUGCUAUCGUUGCUCCCGGGCACGUCAUCGACCAGCUCCGAGCAUAGCAGGGAGACGGUGCAGAGGGUGAAGGAGGGGGAGCCGCAGAAGACCUCCGUCUGGAGCCGCUGCAGGAGCCGGCGCUCCGCCCGGAACUACGAUCAGAAGACCCCGAGCCAGUCUCCGGAGUCAAGUCAGGGCCCGGGCCCGACGUCCUCGCGCUGGGGCUCCAACGGCAUGGCCACGGCGGUGCUGGGCGCCGGCCUGGCGCGGAUCCUCUUCUACCCGACGCUGCUGUACACGCUGGUGCGCGACAAGGUGUCGGGCCCGGGACACCGCGACUGGUACAACCGCAUCGACGCCACCGUGCUGCUGGGCGCACUGCCGCUGCGCAGCCUCACGCGCCGGCUGGUAGAAGAUGAGAAUGUUGGGGGAGUGAUCACCAUGAAUGAAGAAUAUGAAACAAGAUUCCUGUGUAACACUUAUGAGGAAUGGAAAGCAGCUGGAGUAGAGCAAUUGCGCCUCAGCACAGUGGAUAUGACGGGGGUUCCAACCUUGGAAAACCUAAAGAAAGGCGUCCUCUUUACUCUAGAAUACACAGAACUGGGGAAAUGUGUCUAUAUUCAUUGCAAGGCUGGGCGCUCCAGAAGUGCCACCAUGGUGGCAGCCUAUUUGAUGAAGGUAUACAACUGUAGCCCAGAGGAGGCUAUAAAAGCUAUCGCCAAGAUCCGCUCCCACAUCCAUGUCCGAACGAGGCAGGUAGACGUCCUCAAGGAAUUCUACAAAGAGCUCUUGGCUGAAUCAGGAAAAACCUAAGGCUUGAAAAUCACUGUAUGAAUGAAGUAGGGAGACUGGAAAGAACUCUUAAGGCUCUGCUGCUCAUUACAGAAUAAAGAAGUACAUUCAGUGGA